CCCUUUCAACAGAUGAAUCAACAAGAAAAACCAUCCGGAAGAAAUCUAUCUAAUUUCAUGGAGUUUGUUCUGUUGGAUUUUGCUGAUGUGCCCCAUCUCCAGUGGUUUCUUUUCGGAUUAUUUUUAAUCAUUUAUAUUAUUAUCGUGAUGAGCAAUGGCACUAUAUUUCUGGUAACCAGAUUAGAUUCUGCUCUCCAGAGUCCCAUGUAUUUUUUCCUGUCAAGCUUCUCCUUCUUGGAAAUCUGCUAUGUAUCAGUCACUCUCCCUAGAAUGCUGAUGAAUCUUGCGACCCAGAGAAGAAGAAUUUCUUUACUUGCCUGUGCUACACAGAUGUGUUUGGUUCUUAUACUUGGAGGUACGGAGUGUUUGCUGCUUGCAGUGAUGGCCUAUGAUCGCUAUGUAGCCAUUUGUAACCCUCUGCAAUACCCUCUAAUCAUGAACCAUGGAGUUUGUAUCCAGUUGGUGACUGCAUCUUGGACCAUUGGGAUCCCAGUUAUGAUUGGACAUACCUACCAGAUUUUCUCUCUACAUUUUUGUGGCUCUAACCAAAUAAAUCAUUUCUUCUGUGACAUUCCCCCAAUCCUCAAGCUGGCUUGUGGAAAUACUUUUAUAAAUGAGAUGUUGGUCUUCAUAGUUGCUGUGCUGUUUGUCAUGGUUCCGUUUAUAUUGAUAGUUGGCUCCUACAGUAAAAUCAUCUCUACUGUCCUAAAAUUGUCAUCAGCUACUAGCCGAACAAAAGCUUUCUCCACCUGCUCAUCUCAUCUUAUGGUUGUGAUGUUAUUCUUUGGAUCAGCCAUUAUUACAUACUUAAGACCCAAGUCUGGUCAACCGGAAGGAACAGACAAAGUGCUUUCUCUUUUCUACACAAUCCUGACACCUGUGUUUAAUCCCAUGAUAUAUAGUCUAAGAAACAAGGAUGUCAUAAUGGCACUGAGAAAAUUGUUAUGUAAUAAAUCACUCUUUUAA